AUGGAAAUCUAUCUAAAGGGAUACGGUGAGAACUAUGGUGGAGUGUCGUCGCAGUCACCUCAACUGGAGAUCUCGACGGAGGGGGGAGAGGGUGAGAGAUGGUGCAGAAAGAAACGACCAAAGGAGAAGAAGAAUAAGAAGAAGGCAAAGAGUUCGAGCCAGGAAGAUUCCUCACCGGUUAGGUCAACCGGCUCUCUCGAUAAUACAGAGUCACUGAAACACCCAAGAAAAAGCAAGAGCUUCAGAAAACUGCCAAAUUUACUGUUGGGUAAGAGUAGAAAGAAGCAGGGGGUGGCCAGUAUGGAAAAGACACCACCUCCGACUCCUGCCUGGACAGAAGAAACGCUACCCACUCCGACAGUAGCAUCUGAUUCAACAGCAAAAGUUGUCGACGAUAAGGAAGAGACAGCAGUGCUGCUGUGCAAGCAUCGGUGGGAGGUAGCUCAGGAUCAGAGGGAUGCCUAUCGCAUAGUCUGUCUUGGAGUAACAGAGGAGGACUGGAGAUUUUGGCUCUUGGUGGCUUUUGAGGUCAGCUACCUUCCUCUCAACACACAUUGGAUGUGGAGGGUGGAUCUUGAAGUGGCCAAGAAGUCAUUCCUGAGACUGAGAGACCUAAAGGUUACUUGGAGGAUUCACAGUAUUGAGGCAUUUGGCUUGGUUAGGAAACAUCCUCAAAUCGCGGGAUGUGUAUCCCCUAUUGCUACAUGGCUGAUAGAGAACGAUAGGUUUGACGAAGCCCAGGAGGUGAUUCCUAACAGAUGGUAUCAGACUCUGACAAGAGCUGGGAGAGAGGAAGAGGCUCUCCAUCUUCUCGAGGAACUGGCGGAGAAUUGUAGAUUUUGA